UACUCACACUCAUGUUUAUUUCACACAACACGGGUCAACGUUUUUUACGUAUUGUUUAUCUAUAACUUGUUAUUAUACUUGUCUAUGUUAUAAUGUUGAUCAAACCAAUGACUAAAAUUUAGUCGACAACGUUAAAUUACUCAUAAUAUUUAUUUCAUAAUAUUUAAUGCAUUUCAGUUCAUGUGCUGUAUGAGACUAUUACUUUUCAAUUUGAUGUUAUUGAAUUUGUUUUAGUACUGGAAUCAUUUAUAAUAGUACAAAUUUAAGACGUUAUCAGUAGUAACCAAUUAACUUAAACGAAGAAAAGACAAGAGUUUAAUAUGGCUGAUCAACAACAAUAUUUCUUAAAAUGGAAUGAUUACCAAAGUAAUAUGGUUUCAUCAUUUAAACAUCUAAGAAACGAAAAAAGUUUUACUGAUGUUACAUUAGCAUGCGAGGGUCAAACUUGUAAAGCUCACAAAAUGGUGUUAUCUGCCUGCAGUCCUUACUUUAAAGCCUUAUUAGAGGAAAAUCCUUCUAAACAUCCAAUCAUUAUACUUAAAGAUGUACCUUUUAGUCACCUACAAUCAAUACUUGAGUUCAUGUAUGCUGGUGAAGUUAAUAUUAGCCAAGAACAAUUGCCAGCCUUCUUGAAAACUGCCGAUCGCUUGAAAGUAAAAGGUCUUGCAGAAGCUCCGCAAACAAUUAAAAAAGAUUAGUAUGAUGUUUAAAAUAUUUUAUUUAUUUAUUUUCUUUUAGUGUUUAAUAUGAACUAUGUAAUAAUAAUAAUUUUCAGUGAUUUAUUAUUAUUAUUUUAAAUGUGUUUAAUCUAUAGAAUAAUAUAUUCUAUAUCAUUUACGACAGUACAAUAUGAAACCAAAAAAAUAAAUAAACAAAUAAAAAAUUGCAACAUGACAUUUAAUAGACUUAUGUAAAAUUAAAUGUCACAAAUCUAUUAUACUAUCACAUAUAAAAAAUGUCUU